GGAAAACUGAUCAGACAUGUUCUAGCUCUGACACUAUAAGCGAGUUAUAAUAGCUAAGGAUGCCAACCAUCCAGCUGAAACUCCUUUUGGUGUUAACAGUAUUACAACAAUGCCUUAUCACUUCCGUUGACUCCAGCAAGACGAGGCAGCUAAAAGACGUCCAAGUGAAAAUUCCACUGCAAAUACGUGUCCGCCGUGUCUGCACAAACGCUGACUGCGUCAAAACGUGUCCGAAAGAUUAUGAACUGGAUUCUGAGCUUCAAUAUUGCCGCUACAAACGGUCGUCCUGUCCUCCAAACUACGUGCGUCAUCUAGGCAGCUGCGUUCUACGUGAGGUGCAAUGUCCUCCAGGAAGCGUUCGCCAUGGUAAUCGCUGCGUGGUGAAAAGUUUUGCAUGUCCCACUGGUUACGUACUUGAGGGGAGCAAUUGCGUUAACUCCAGAUUCUGCCCAAACGGUUAUCAUUGGGAAAAUGGGUUUUGUUACCAACAACAGCAUUCGCGAACUUGUCCUCAUGGGUAUGAUAGGCAGAACGGCGUCUGCAUUCAAAUAUGUGUUAACUGUGAAGCAGCCUGUACAGAAUGCGAGGAGGAAACAGUUCCACUUAAGUGCCCGACAAGUUAUGAAUCUUACAGAGGAAAAUGUCUUAAACUGCAACAAGGAAGAGUCAAUGUUAUAGUGAAAAAUGUAACCUACAAGGUGCCAAAGGAAUGUGAAAACGAACAAUUCAUCAGCGAUGGGUCCUGUGUUUCGUACAGAUUCGAAAACCCGCAAUGCACCGGUGGGCACUUUUACAACGGAAAGUGUGUUGAUAUAGCCAAAUGUAGUCGAGGGAAUCUGCACGAUGAUUGUAAAUGCAUUGAGGAUAUCACAACCCAAGCGGUGUGUCAACAAGGACAGUCUAGCGGAGCAGGAUGUGUGGUGGAGAAGGCGCAAUGUUCUCAAUCCGCGCAGCUAGUGAAUGGGGUGUGCACGAGGAAGAUAAAUUCACACAGACCAACUUGCAUACGAGGUUCACCGAUCGAUCAAACGUAUUGCGAUUUGGGUGAACCAUGUUGCACCACUGGGUUCACCCUAGAUGGGGCAUUUUGUAGAAGAAAUACUUCCUAUUCUGUAGACUGCGGACCAUCAAGCCAAUUACUCAACGGAUGGUGUAGUUUCAACUCUAGCUGUGACCAUGGUUAUCAACAUAUCAGUGAUGGUGAAUGUAUACAGAUACAAAAUGAUCAAAUAUCUCUCUGUCCACCGUCUACAAGAAGAGAUGGGGAAGUAUGUGUAAACCAGAAACCGCUAUGCGAUCAGGACCAUAUAUAUGAUAAUCGUUACGGAAUAUGUGUCAAGUGUACAGAGAAAUAUGUUCAAUGCAAUGAAUCAGCAGGGUAUCAUUUGAGUGAUGAUGCAUGUAUACGAUUGGAACCGCUAUGUCCUCCCGGGUAUGUUUGGCAUAAGUAUAUCUGUGUUAGAAAAACAGAACCGGACUGUGAAUGCUCUGUUGGCUUUUUCUCAAAUAACUAUUGUGUUCACAAUCACCUCACAUGUCCUGAUGAUUACGAACUCGUAGACAAUAUAUGUAUAAAGAAGGAACUGCCAAGUUGCCCAGACGGAACUGUCUAUCAGGAUGGAUUCUGCGAAGCUGCGCCGGAAUGCGCGUCAGGAUAUUCUGUCGGCCCAACUGCAUGUGUUAAAGAAAUACGAAAGCCCCUCAAAAACUUUAUAAUGCCUGCCUGUCCAACAGGCUUUCAAUUAGAAAAUGGAAAUUGUAUAAAGACAACGUGGAGAAAUUCUGUGGUAGAAUCGAGAAUACCAUAUUGCCCUUCAGGAUAUAAGCUUGCAAAUGGCAAAUGUAUCAAGGAGUAUAAUGGCUAUUGGAUGUGUCCACCUAAAACAAUUCUAAUGAAUCAAGAAAACAAAUGCUUUUGUAAAGUGGCACUCAUAUGUCCUACCGGUUAUGAGAGAAUUGGAGAUGACUGUAUUUUCCGGUCCACAAACUACUUUUCCUCAUUCGUCAACUUUUUAAAUCCUUGCUAUGGUAUGCAAUGUGGUCUUCAGUACUGUAUAACGCAAUGUUUCAGUCCACCUUGUCCAGUACAACCAUGCUCUUAUGGCUCGUACCAACAACCUGGUCCUGGGCACCUCAACUAUUUCAACCAGGCACAAUCCGAACCUUGCGGAGUAGGCGAUCUCUGCACAAUAAACACACAGUUGGAAUCCAGUGUCAGUUUAGCAUGUCCAGCAGGGUACAAUAAAGAGAACAACACAUGCAUCGCCUACUAUGAAAGAAUUUGUCAGAAGGGUUACAGCAUUACAAACGGUAGUUGCGUGAAGAUUGAAGAAGUUAAUGUCAUGUGCGCGUUGGGAUUCACACUAGUAAAUGGAGCCUGCAUACAUGUAGAAUGUGAUUCUGGUUACACUCGGGAUGGUACUCGUUGUAAACGAGUGGAAUUUCGAUCCCCCAUGCCAUGUCCAAACGAUUACGUGUUUAUUAAUGGGAUUUGUCUGAAUAAAAAUGAAUGUAUUGAUGGAUCAAUAGAAGGAAGCUUCUGCGUACGGAGACUAUUCGACUCGUAUAAAUGCCCUCAAAAUCUAAUUCAUCACAACGAUUCGUGCAUUGCACUAGGAAUAUGCUCGACCCAAAAUUAUGUAUUUAGCAAUGGUGUUUGUCGAAGCUGUGAUUAUAUGUCGCUAAAUUGUCCUCAAGGAACGAGACGUGUGGAAAAUAUGUGUGUAUACCCCAAGAGUCCUGACUGUCGAAAUGAUACUACCGUAAUGACUACUUGCAAAGGAAUCAUUUACCAAAAUGACAUGUGUAAGUAUGUUGAAACUCCAUUUUGUGGCAAAGGAUAUGUAUUACGAAAUGAAAAAUGUGCAGGUUGUUCAUCGAAGAGCCCCAACUGCCCAGAAGGUAUGAUAAUUCUGAAGGGCAAAUGUAUCACGUAUCCAACAAAAUGUAACGACGGAUCUUUCUUGAGCAGGAAUGGUGAUUGUAUGUCGGUGAGUUCUAAGCCAGCUAGUUGCAUUCACGGCAACUUCUUCUACGGAAAGUGCCGUGCUGAAUUAUCUACUUGCAAGACUGGUUACACACUUGAUAACGGAAACUGUAUGCAAAACGAAUUAGUACUAGCUACAUGCAGUAUUGGUAUUUUGAUGCGGGGAAGGUGUGUUGAACUAAUGCAAUGUAAUGGACCUGACUAUACACUUAAAAAUGGUUUGUGUAUUAAUAAUGAGUACAGCGAACCUACAUGCAGAAACAAGUUGCCAAGAACUCGAGAUGUUUGUGUCGGUGGAGCUCCAACAUGCACCGAAAACUUUUACCUUCUUAAUGGGCAGUGUUGUUCAACUCGCGUGCAACCGGCGAAAUGCUCUGGUAGUGGAAAAUGUCUGGAGAACUUCUGUUCCAUUUCGUACCCCAGCUGCAGCCCAACUUUAAGCUUCGACGGAUCAGUAUGUAAAAAAAUAGUUACAACCCCUGCGACAUGUCCCAGUGGGACUAUUUCUGACCGAAACGACCGUAGCUAUUGUCAGUACUUGUCCGAGCAAGCGGAGUUCAUAUGUCCACCUGAAUUCCACUAUAAAAACGGCAUUUGUCAGAAGCAACACUACGCUGAAGCAAGUUGCCCAACAGGUUUUAGAAGGAAGCUAAAUCAUUGUGUACGUAAAUCGUGCAACAAUGCUGCUCUUACGAAUUUAUGUGCCAGUGCGGAUGUAACAAGACAAACAUCAACACCAUCUUUUGCCGUGCCGAAUUAUCCGUUGUUACCGGAUAUUUCUAAUAACUUGCCCUGGUCUGCUGCGGUUGACCAGAUAUGCUGUCAAAUAUUUUCACCCAGAAUAUGUCGGUACAGUGAAGAAGAGGAUCGUUGGAGCUGUUAUCACACAGAGCAUCGACGUUGUGGUCCAUUCUGUGAUCAUAAAAAUCAACAGAUCCACCUUCGUAUGAUGGUACCAUACUUUUUAGAAGAUAGUAUUUUGAUAAUGACGCCAUCGGAAACAGAUGAUGAAGACGAUAGCGCGGAAGAUAGUGUUCCAGAUUGCGACGAAUGUACGGAUGGUUCUUACGAUUGCUCUAGUUAUUGCUAUACAUAUGACUGCCAAAAAAAUGGUGCAUGUCAUUUCAAGGACCAACACGAGUUUUGCAAGUCAUACCCUGGACCAGGAUGCACCCAAGCAGACGGUUGCUACGAUAAAGACUACUGUGAUGUGCGAUACAUUUAAGAAUCAAACAUUUCUUCUACUCACUAGGUGAAGUAACCGUGAGAAUGGGGGCCGUGAUUCGUUCGUUGGACACUUUUUAAUUGGACCGCUUUUUAGUUGGAUCUCCGCAAGUAGGAUCAUUGUCCUGCUUAGAAAAGCAUCUGAAUGCCAAAAUUACCUGUCAAAAAUUUAUUGACAACAAUUAGAGAUGCGAACAGUUACAUUUACGCUAUUAAGGUCUCUUUUGUGGAGUUAUUUACAUUAUUGUCAGUUGGUCCAACUAGCGAACCAAAUUCGUAAGUUAGACUGAAGGUGUGGCACAACCAGCGAAUUACGACAGUACAAUCGUGAUUCACUGGUUGGGCCACACCUCUAUCCAACUAACGAAUUUGAUUCGUUAGUUAGACCGACUGAUAGAUGUCAAAAACUCUCCAAAGGAGACGUUAGUAGUGUAAUUGCAUCUAUUCACAUCUCUAAUAAUUGUCAGAUUGAUUAUCAAAGUAAAUUUGACAUAAGAUUUUGACAUUCAGAUGCUUUUUAGUUGUACAAUGGUUCGACCAGCAGAGGUCCAACUAAAAAGUGGUUCAGUUAAAAAGUGUCCAACCAGCGAAUCACGACUAUAUACAUAUAUCUGUACUAUACAGAUUUUUCCACAAAUUCAGAUUUCAUACAAAUUACAAAUGGAAAUAAAUGAUGAUAAAUGAUUUUUA